AUGGCGAGGGUCAUCACUGGAGGCCACUACGAUGUUGACUGCUAUGUGGAGGACCCUCUGGGGAACACCAUCUACAGGGAAACCAAGAAGCAGUACGACAGCUUCACGUACCGGGCUGAGGUCAAGGGCGUUUAUCAGUUUUGCUUCAGUAAUGAGUUUUCCACCUUCUCUCACAAGACCGUCUACUUUGACUUUCAAGUGGGCGACGAGCCCCCCAUUCUCCCAGACAUGGGGAACAGGGUCACUGCUCUCACCCAGAUGGAGUCUGCCUGUGUGACCAUUCAUGAGGCUCUGAAGACAGUGAUUGAUUCUCAGACGCAUUACCGGCUCCGGGAGGCCCAGGACCGGGCCCGAGCUGAAGACCUGAAUAGCCGAGUGUCUUACUGGUCUAUUGGCGAGACGAUCGCCCUGUUUGUGGUCAGCUUCAGCCAGGUGAUGCUGCUGAAAAGUUUCUUCACAGAAAAACGACCCAUCAACAGGCCAGUUCACUCCUAGCCAAUGCAUCCUGCCCUAGGGUCCUUCACACCCUUCUAGGUCACAGGCUCCUGCUGGGCUGGGAGUGCCACCCAGGGUGAAGGCAGAGCUGCAUGGAGGAAAGCACAGGGUAAUGUGCUAGUGUGGCAGCACCUUGCUUUCCCUGCAGAUGUCUGGUCCUUGAACCCCAGCACUUGACACUCAGAGUCCAGUAAUCUGAAGGCAUCCGUGGGGCAGUUCAGGGCUCUGCCUCUGCUCCUGGAUGCAUAGGUCAUUUGGCUUGUGUGUCUUAUCCUGUACGGAGAAGGAGGUGGCUCUCAGUUCUGCUCUUUCCUUCCAUGGGGCUUCCUGUACUUUAGAAAACCAGGGCCUUGGAGCAGCUUUGCAGAUCUGUGCAUCCCAGGUGAGCAACGGUGUCAGCCGUGUAAGCAAGACCAAAAUGGUGACUGGGAACCCAUUGUUAGCUGUGUAUCUGUCUCCUGGGAGCUGGAACUCUGGCUAAUAAAAACUAAGUGUGAGUAUCCUGGA